AGUCAAAGCAUCGCAAUCUCUUCCGUUAAUGCUUUUGGUGAAAUGGGUUUCGGUGCGAUUAGAUCGAUUCUCCGACCACUGUCGAGAACCCUAGCUUCGCGUGUCGUCUCUAGCCGCUCCUCUACGCCUGCGAUUCCGGCUGCGAGACACGAGGUAUGGUCCUCCUUCUCCGGUGGAUCGAGGUUGCCAUGGAUUCCGAUGGCAAAUCAUUUUCAUAGCUUGAGCUUAACCGAUACUCGGCUCCCGAAGAGACGGCCCAUGAGUCAUCCCAAGAAGAAAAGAUUCAAACUUAAACCUCCAGGGCCUUAUGCAUAUGUUCAGUAUACACCUGGCGAGCCAAUUGCUUCAAACAAUCCCAGCAAGGGUAGUGUCAAAAGAAGGAAUGCUAAGAAGCGCAUAGGGCAGCGCCGUGCUUUCAUACUGUCUGAGAAGAAGAAGAGACAAGCGCUGGUGCAAGAGGCGAAGAGGAAGAAGAGAAUCAAGGAAGUGGAACGCAAGAUGGCUAAAGUCGCAAGGGAGCGAGCUUGGGAAGAAAGGCUGGCUGAGCUUCAGCGACUCGAAGAAGAGAAGAAGAAGUCAAUGUCUUCUUGAAUUGCUUUUUUUCAUUCAUCCAAAAAAAAACAUAGAAUAAAUCUCUUUUCUUUUGAAUUAGGUUUUGCUCCUACCUUCUUUGUUGUGUUGCCGAGAUUCACUCACUCUUGUCUGUCCCUCUACUGUUUCGUAAGAACCGAGAGUUACUUGACGUUUCUUGUCUUUUAUAAUCUCAGUCAUGUGUUUCUUCUUUC